AUGCUAGGGAGCUAUCUGUUGUUCUACUUUGGAUAUGCGUGGUACAACCAUGAAGAUUUGCUUCCUGAAAGCAAUGUUGGCAAGUUUUGUAGUGUGUGCAAAGCAGCUUAUAGGAAAAGGGAUUUGGCAUAUUUAACCUCAGAAGAUGGAUACUACUGGAAGAAUUAUAGGCAGGGACAUUUCUAUAAGGCGAACCAUGGCCAAGACCGGGUUGUAAGGUUGUUACCGCGAGUACCUUGGGGGUUUGGAUGGUUGGAAAAAGCAGCUAUAAUUGACAAGAAACAAACUGAGAAUUAUGAUGUUAGUCCCCAUAUACAAGAGACGAAAGGGGAGCUUUGCACAGUUAAGCAAGUUAGAGAAGCCAAGAGCAUUGUUUUGUUGCUCUGUUGGGGCUUUUGCUUAUUCCCUUACAGUUUUGUUACGGCUUCUGGGAACACUUUUUUUAUUUCUCAAGCCAGUAGCAUGGAAAGUUUCAUGGCUAAUGACAUUUCAAUUCUCCUUUUACUCAAGUUCUUCAUGACUGACAUGGCAACACCAGCGUUUUUCUGGCUUGUAGAAAAAGCUAAAAUAGCUAAGAAGAUCAAUAAGAUGGCCAUCAUCUACUUUGGAGCCAAGAGAAAAAUAAUAGAUUCAACGACCAUGAAGAUUGGUAUUGGAAUAUUUCUUGCUGUAAUUUGUUGUGUCUUUGCAUGGAAAGUGGAAAAUCAUAGACUAUAUUCGAUAGAAAUGAUGAGUACAAAAGCUUUGAUUCCACAAUUUUUGUUGUUAGGAAUGGCAGAAGCGCUUGUCGAAGACGGUUUAUCCCAGCUCUUCGAGAUCUAUGCAUCAGAAUCUGUGAGAAACUUUGCUGAGCCAUUUAGUAAUAUAGUGAUUGGUAUUGGAAAACUCCUAAGCAUACCAUGGUUCUUGAUGUUCAGCUGCUGGAUUAAUGAAUCAAUCAACACCAGCCAUUUGGAUAGAUAUUUUCUUAUGCUAGCAAUACUCAAUUUUGUGCUCCUUCUCUUUGUUUUAGUUUACUAUUACAUGUUUGGGAACGACCAUGAUUUUCUGGAGGACGAAGAAGAAAUGAUGGAGCAAAUAUCGGAGGAUCAUGGUCUAGAAUCAGACUUAGAAGAAGCAAACGGCCUUGAGCGAAAUUCCACAACUAGCCAAGGGCCAGAGAUUCCCAAUGAGGAUAAGGAAAUUGAGAUGGAAAGAUUAGGGCAUAAUCAUGAAAUAUACUCACCUGAAGAACAUGCAAAAGAAGAAGAACAUUUGACAGUGAUCUUUGAAGGGGAUUUCGACCACCAAGACAACGGAGUGCUUGUCGCUGUAGUCGAAAGUAAUGAACCAUAA